AUGUCUGUCUCUCUUUCACGACAUGCCCUCCCUCUACACCUAGGCAAACACCCCAUCGUCGCGUCGUCGCGAUCUAAAUCCUCCUACUCCUCUCCAUUUGCAAACCCUGGAUCCACUGCCUUCAUCGGGUCCGUGACAUCCGUAAAACAACUGCCGGAGCUACAUGGCCUCCCCGAGGUCGUCGUGAUAGGCCGCGCGAACGUCGGCAAAUCCACAUUCCUAAACGCGGUACUGGGACGCAGAGACAUCGCUCAUACCAGCAAGAAAGCAGGUCAUACGCGUGCGCUGAACUACUACCGCGUCGGUGAUGAACCCGGGCAACUCGCGCUCGUCGACGCUCCUGGUUACGGAUCGAGAGGCCGGCGCGAAUGGGGCGACCUCUUUUCUGCUUACAUUGCAUCACGCGAGGAACUCCGGCGUAUAUACAUCCUCUUCAACGCCAAGCACGGUCUGAAAGAAACCGACAAAGGCAUGCUUGCGCAUCUGCACGAACAAUGUCUCUCGUCCCACGGCACGCGCUUCACCCUACAGUCCGUGAUCACCAAAGCGGACACGCUCGACGACGACGAUAUCACGCGCGCGAUCUCUACAUUACGGAGCGAGAUAUUCGAGGCGGCGCCGACGUGUCUCCCGCCGAUCAUCACGUCAUGCGUAAUGCGGCCAGUUUUUGGGAUCGAGGAGGCACGGAGGAAUAUCGAGGAGGUGUGUGGGUUGGUGAAGAAGGUUUAG